UAGUGUUCAAGAAGUUCUCCCUAGUGCUCAAGAAUGGCCCUCGGACGCCGUUUUGGGCCAACCCUGGCCAUCAGCUUGGUUCUGUUGUGCGCCGCUGGAUUAACCGGUGGCCACGAGGAGCACGAUCCCAACUACUGGAACCACCAGGCCCACGAGCUGCUGUUCGAGAAGAAGGACUACACCAUGCAGAAAAUUAACAUUGCUAAAAAUAUUAUGGUUUUCGUCGGGGCCGGAAUGUCCCCGGCGACCGUUACGGCGGCUCGGACCUUCGCCGGUGCCGAAAACGAAACGUUUGCCUUCGAAAAGAUGAAAUGGAGCGGUAAUGCUCGGACCUAUUGCGUGGACAGCCGGGUGCCGGACAGUGCCUGUGCCGGGACGGCUUUUUUGACCGGUGUCAAGAGCAACCUGGGCACGGUGGCCAUGCAUCCGACCGUGAAACGUGGUGAUUGUGUCGCCACUAGCGAUAAGGUGAAACAGCUCGAGUCCAUCGCCAAGUGGGCACUCGACGCCGGCAAGGUGGUUGGUUUCGCCACGACAUCUCGCGUUACCGCUAGUUCCAGCGCCGCCCUGUACGGCCACUCGGCGGACGCCCGCUGGGAGAACGACGCGGACGUGACGGCGGCCGGAUGUAACCCGGCGGAGGUGCGUGACAUCGCGUACCAGCUGAUCCACGGCGAGGUUGGCAAGCGGUUUACGGUUAUCUUCGGCGGUGGAAGAAAGAACUUCAUCCCGAGCACGGCGACGGACGCGUCCGGGGCGCGCGGUCUCCGUGCCGACGGCAAGAAUCUCAUCGAGGAGUGGAAGCAGUCCAAGACGACCGGAAAUGCGGUCUACAUUACCACCGGGGCAGAACUUGCGGCGCUGGACACAUCCAAAAUUGACCACCUCCUGGGGCUGUUCGACUACGACCAGCUACCGUACGCCGCCGACGUGGGUAACGGCCAGAACCCGGACACCCCGCCACUGGUCCGCAUGGUGCACUACUCGCUGGAGAUGCUCCAGAAGAAGGAACAUUCGAACGGGUUUCUGCUGUUCGUCGAGGACGGUAACAUUCUGAGGGCACACCAGGAAAACAAACCCAACAAGGCGUUCCAGCAGGUGGCGCACUACUCGAUGGCCUUUGACAUGGGCCACAUGAUGGUUUCGGAGACAAACUCGCUGGUUGUUUCGUUGAACGACGUUGGAAGUACACUGUCGCUGCCCGGAUAUCCGGCACGUGACACCGACGCUCUGGUGUCCGCCGGCACUAGCGACCAGGACUCCAAGCCGUACCUCAGCGUGUCGUAUGCCACCGGCCCGGGAUUCGACUCGUACUACAAGCUCCCCGAGGGUCGGUUGGAUCCGGUGACGGUGCUGCAGAAUGCGGCCACCCCUGCCAAGGAACGAACCUGCUCGGCCUCGGUCCCGAUGACGGCGGGAGUCAACGGGGGUGAGGACGCAAUGGUGUACGCGAGUGGACCGUGGGCGUUCAUGCUGUCCGGGGCGUACGAGCAGAACUUUGUCGCCCACGCCAUUACGUUCGCGUCCUGCAUCACGGACGUGUGCGGGGGUGCCUCGAGCGUUGUCCUGUCCGCGGCCACCGUCCUGUUGGCCAUCGUGGUGAAACUAUUCGCUUGAGAAGGGAUAACAACCCCCAGUGAGAAACAGAGAGACCACAACGGCUGAAAGAUCCACUAAUAAUGAAACUAAAAGUAUUUGAAGAAGAAAUAUAAACUCCACUUUCUGUAUAAGGCUCGUAAUGCUCGUUAAGUU